AUGGAGAAUGCUCAUUGCCGUAAGGUUGAAGACGUUCUCGCCUAUUUCAAUGUGGAUGAAGAGACAGGGUUGUCUGACGAGCAAAUCAAACGACAGACUGAAAAACACGGUCUAAAUGAACUGCCUGCUGAAGAAGCCAAGUCCAUUUGGGAGCUGAUUUUUGAGCAAUUCGAUGAUCUUCUCGUCAAAAUCCUUCUCCUUGCCGCAGUUAUUUCUUUCGUAUUGGCUUUAUUCGAGGAGGAUGAUGACUCAAUCACCGCUUUUGUAGAACCUUUCGUCAUUUUGCUUAUUCUUGUCGCCAACGCGGUGGUCGGUGUUUGGCAGGAAAGAAAUGCCGAGUCAGCCAUUGAAGCUUUGAAAGAAUAUGAACCUGAAAUCGCCAAGGUCUACCGAAAAAAUCACCAUGGUAUUCAACGGAUCAAAGCUGUCAAUUUGGUCCCUGGUGACAUUGUUGAAGUAUCUGUUGGUGAUAAGGUUCCUGCUGAUGUACGUAUUACGAAGAUCUUCAGUACGACAAUGCGCGUUGAUCAGUCCAUCUUGACUGGAGAGUCAGUUUCAGUGUUGAAAAUGACUGAAGAGGUUCCCGAUCCCCGUGCAGUUAACCAAGAUAAGAAGAACUUACUUUUCAGUGGUACCAACAUCGCUUCUGGAAAAUGCCGUGGCGUUGUUGUUGGAACUGGUCUCUCCACUGAAAUCGGUAAAAUCCGUAACCAAAUGAUGGACACCGAGCAGGACAAGACACCUCUUCAGCAGAAACUUGAUGAAUUCGGCCAGCAACUAUCAAAGGUGAUUUCCAUCAUCUGUAUUGCUGUCUGGGCUAUUAAUAUUGGUCACUUCAAUGAUCCAGCUCAUGGUGGAUCAUGGAUGCGCGGAGCAAUCUACUACUUCAAGAUCGCUGUGGCCCUUGCUGUCGCAGCCAUUCCUGAAGGUUUACCUGCUGUCAUUACAACUUGCCUUGCACUGGGUACCCGACGUAUGGCAGCAAAGAAUGCUAUUGUCCGUUCCUUGCCUUCUGUCGAGACCCUGGGUUGCACCAGUGUUAUCUGCUCAGAUAAGACAGGAACUCUAACCACCAACCAAAUGAGCGUCUGUCGUGCUUUUAUCUUCAACCAAGCUGAUGAGAACAACAUUUCGACCCUCCAGUUCGAAAUAACUGGUUCCAAAUACGCCCCAGAGGGAGAAGUCUUCCUCAACGGUCAACGUGUUAAGUGUGGUGAAUACGAAGGUUUAAUCGAGUUGGCCAACAUCUGCGCAAUGUGUAAUGACUCAGCUGUGGACUACAAUGAGACAAAGAACAUCUAUGAGAAAGUUGGUGAGGCUACAGAGACAGCCCUUUGCGUCUUUGUUGAGAAAAUGAAUGUCUACAAUGUAUCCAAACUUGGCCUUUCCAAAAAGGAUGUUGGAAUGGUUUGUAAUCACAAUAUUCAAGAGAUGUGGGAGAAGCUCUUCACUCUUGAAUUCUCACGUGAUCGUAAAUCCAUGUCCGCUUUUGUCACUCCAAAGGGAAAGUCUUCCAAUCAAUAUCCUGUUGGGGGAGUAAGUACUGCCUCAGGUCCGGGUCCAAGAAUGUUUGUCAAAGGUGCUCCUGAAGGUGUGCUGGAUCGAUGCACAUUUGUGCGUGUUGGAAACAAGAAGGUUGCUAUGACACCACAAAUCAAGGCAGAAAUCGUCAAACUCACUGCUGCCUACGGAACUGGACGUGACACUCUGCGUUGCUUGGCACUGGCUACUUGUGACGCACCAAUCCCCAAGGAACAAAUGGAUCUUGAGGACUCUACCAAGUUUAAGAAAUAUGAGACCAACUUGACCUUCGUCGGUGUAGUUGGUAUGCUCGAUCCUCCUCGUACCGAAGUUUACGACAGUAUCAUGAAGUGUCGUCAUGCUGGUAUUCGUGUUAUCGUCAUCACUGGCGACAACAAGGCAACCGCUGAAGCCAUCUGUCGUCGGAUUGGUGUCUUCUCUGAAGAUGAGCCUACCACUGGCAAAUCCUUUACCGGUCGUGAAUUCGAUGAUCUCACAUAUGAAGAACAACGCGAGGCCGUUCGACAUGCUAGGCUCUUUGCUCGUGUCGAACCAGCACAUAAGAGCAAAAUUGUCGAAUUCUUGCAAGCUGAUGGCGAAGUUUCGGCUAUGACUGGUGACGGUGUGAAUGAUGCUCCAGCUCUAAAGAAGGCUGAAAUUGGUAUUGCUAUGGGUAGUGGAACAGCUGUAGCCAAAUCUGCAUCUGAAAUGGUUCUGGCCGAUGACAACUUCUCAACAAUCGUUUCUGCUGUCGAAGAAGGCCGUGCUAUCUACAGUAACAUGAAGCAGUUCAUUCGUUAUCUCAUCUCUUCCAAUGUUGGUGAAGUUGUUAGCAUCUUCCUAACUGCUGCCUUGGGUCUACCAGAAGCUCUAAUUCCAGUCCAGUUAUUGUGGGUCAACUUGGUCACCGACGGUUUCCCAGCCACAGCUUUGGGCUUCAAUCCACCUGAUUUGGACAUCAUGAGCCGUCCACCACGAAGUACCUCAGAUCCCCUCAUCUCAGGCUGGCUUUUCUUCCGCUACUUAGCUAUUGGUGGUUAUGUCGGCUGCGCAACUGUCGGCUCUGCUGCUUGGUGGUUCCUGAUUUACAAUAAGGGUCCUCAACUCAACUACUAUCAACUUACCCAUCACAUGCAAUGCUUGGCAGAGCAUGACAACUUCCACGGCAUAGACUGUCAUAUCUUCGAGAAUCCAAAGCCCAUGACCAUGGCUUUAUCAGUCUUAGUCUUGACGCAUCAGUCACAAUGCUUGGCCCAAGAGAGUCGAUUCAAGGGAAUCGAUUGCUUAAUCUUCGGGCACCCCAAACCCAUGACUAUGGCUCUUUCCGUGCUUGUAAUGGUAGAAAUGCUCAACGCAAUGAACAGUCUCUCUGAGAACCAAUCGCUUCUCGUGAUGCCACCAUGGACCAAUUACUGGCUUCUUGGUGCUAUGAUAAUGAGCAUCGGUCUCCAUUUCUUCAUUCUUGAAGUCGACUUUCUAGCGAAUGUCUUUCAGCUGACGCCACUAUCGUUGGAAGAAUGGAUUGUUGUGAUUGAGUUCUCACUGCCGGUCAUCUUUAUUGAUGAAAUAUUGAAGCUUAUAGCUCGAAAGUUUACUGAUGGUGAGAAAUUUGUUUGUAAAAAUUUAAAUCAAGUUUAA